AUGUCAAAUCUCAAGCAGCUCGCCAUCAAACUCGGCACGGACGGGCCUCAUAAAGUCCUGCCAACACCGAGGCUCAUCCAGCUUUUGUUCAACGGUCUCUAUAUCGUCAAGACGACGGACGCCCGAUAUGUCUGGGAGCAUCCUUUCUACCCACAAUUCUACGUACCAGCGCAGGCACUUCACGAUGCCACCAAGUCUGGCCAGCUUACGAUCACGGACGGCGAGACCUACAAGUCCGACAACGGCGACACGAUCGGCAAGCAACUCGUCCUCAAAGUCGGCGAACGCACUAUCGACAAAACCGUCUCCUUUGACUCGGCACUCGCUGGACCAGCCAAAGACCUCGCUGGUCUCGUCAAGAUCGACUUUGACAGCGUAGACCAAUGGUUCGAGGAAGCGAGCCCCAUCUUCGUGCACCCGAAGGAUCCGUUCAAACGAAUCGAGAUCAUCCAAUCCACUCGGCCGAUUCGCGUGUUGAUCGAUGGACAACAAGUGGCCAAGACAACAACAUCUCAGCAUCUCUAUGAGACUGGCUUGCCAGCGAGGUUCUACCUGCCGAUGACAGAUGUCGAUCCUGCCGUGCUUCGACCAAGCAAGACGAAGACGAAAUGUCCUUACAAGGGCGAGGCAGAGUACUACUCUGUUGAGGUCAACGGGAAGCUGCACGAAGAUGUUGUCUGGUAUUACAACCGUCCGACGAUCGAGAGUGCUCAGGUCGUUGGUCUGCUGUGCUUCUACAACGAGAAAGUCGAUAUUGAGCUGGAUGGCAAGAUCCUUGAGCGUCCAAAGACGCAUUUUGGCAAGCCGAGCGAUAAUAAGAAGCCAUCGAUAGGCUGA